UGGAGGAAGGUGGGGGGUGUGGUGCAACGGGAACAAGAGCAAGUUGCAUUGAUCAGAAGUUCACAUCGUCUCGGACAAAGAUGCAGCCGAACGUACCGUCUGUGCUCCGCAGAUAAGCUGUGAGUUUAACCGAGGACAGAGGAGCGGGUUGAAGGGGAAGCUGUUCGCGCGCGCCGCACAUCCAGCGAUGCUGUUCCAGUCCUGCGCGCUGCAGCCGCAGCUGCUGCUGCUGCUGCUGGCUGCGCUCUGUUCCACUUUACAUGUCACACAGGCUGAGGGUUGUGGAGCUUCAUGUGGAAAAUGUGACUGCAGUGGGGUGAAGGGAGCAAAGGGUGAGCGUGGAUUUCCUGGUCUACAGGGUAAUAUGGGAUUCCCAGGAAUGCAGGGGCAUGAGGGGCCUCCAGGGCCAAUGGGCCCCAAGGGUGAUCUAGGAGCACCUGGUGCUCCGGGAUUAAAAGGAGUGCGCGGUCCUCCUGGGCAACCAGGGUUUCCAGGAAAUCCAGGACUACCAGGGCUCAACGGAAAUGACGGUCCCCCAGGUCCGCCUGGAAUCCCAGGAUGCAAUGGGACCAAAGGUGAAAGAGGAAUGGACGGUCUGAAUGGUUUUCCUGGACUUCAAGGGCCGCCCGGCCUACCAGGACUGCAAGGAAUGAAAGGAGACCCUGGUGGUGUAAUUGGGUUUGUCCCUUUUAAAGGAGACAGAGGGCUACCUGGCACACCUGGACUACCUGGAACUGUUGGACAAGUUGGACCAACUGGACCCCCCGGACCCCGAGGAUAUCCAGGACUCAAAGGUGAUCCUGGACCGCCCGGCCCUCCAGGAGAGAAAGGUGACAGAUUGGCCUUUGUGAGUGAAAAAGGACAGAAGGGUGAAAAAGGACUCAUAGGCCCACCUGGUCCACCUGGAAGAUAUGAAGAAGUGAAAGCAAACACCACAUGGCAUAUAAAAGGAGACAAGGGUGACAAAGGAGAGAAAGGCCUCUGUCUCCCUUAUCAGAAAGGAUUCAAAGGCGAACCUGGCCCACCUGGAGCAGAGGGUAAACCUGGUAAAGAUGGAAAGGUUGGCACAAAGGGAGAAAAAGGCAACCAAGGGCUUCCCGGAUAUCCUGGUUCAACUGGUGUAAAGGGAGAUAAAGGACCACCGGGUUUUGGUGAAGGUCCACGUGGCCCCCCUGGGCCUCCUGGUCCUCCAGGGGGACACGGAGCAAAAGGUGACCGUGGUUUUCCAGGUCAAACAGGUCCACCAGGCCGUUUCAUAGAGGGUCCUCCUGGCGAGCCUGGUCAGAAGGGUGAAACGGGAGAAAAGGGUGACAGAGGCUUCGAUGGACAAUCUCUUCCAGGACCACCAGGACGACCGGGGGAAAUCGGAGCCCCUGGGCCACCGGGUCCACCACUUAACCCUGAAGAGUGCAAUAUGGAGAAAGGAGACCGUGGUCCAGCUGGACCUCCAGGAUUAUCAGGGGAAGAUGGGCAAAAAGGUGAGAAAGGAGAUGCCUGUGUUACUUGUGAAGGCAGCGGCACACCUGGAUUACCUGGCCCAGCAGGGGUUAAAGGAGAGCGAGGUCCCCCAGGUCCAGUUGGGGGUAAAGGAGAGAAGGGUCGUUCUGGGCCACCUGGAGAACCUGGAAUUCCUGGUCCUGCAGGAACUCCUGGAUUGAUGGGGGCCCCUGGUGCUGUAGGUGAACCUGGAGACAUUUUUAUAGCGCCCGGGUAUAAGGGGGAGAAAGGUCUUCCUGGAUUUCCUGGAUCACAGGGACAACCAGGCAAAGAUGGACUGCCAGGGAGAGAUGGAUUUCCAGGUCAACCAGGUCUCAAAGGAGAACCUGCCAAAGAGGGUAUAAAAGGAGAACGUGGACCAGAGGGGGAACCUGGUCUGACUGGUCCUCCUGGAGAAAGGGGGCCCCCUGGGAUUCCAGGGUUUGGCCGACCAGGUGAACCUGGAGAGAAAGGCAGUCAGGGAACACCAGGCCGUCCAGGAGUUCCAGGACAACCUGGCAUAAAGGGAGAACCCGGUAAAGGUGUUAGCACUCCAGGACCCCCGGGGCCACCUGGACCACAAGGAUUUAAUGGAAUACCAGGACUGCAAGGUGAAAUAGGACUGCCAGGUGACCAAGGUCUACCAGGUUUUCCUGGACAAAAGGGUGAACUUGGACCACCUGGAAUUGGAUUUCCUGGCCCACCGGGUCCUAAAGGACUCAGUGGAAUUCCUGGAACUAAAGGAUCACCUGGAGUGCCAGGUAGACCAGGACAGGAUGGCCUGACUGGAAAACCUGGUCUACCAGGACAAAAAGGUGAACCUGGACGGGGUCUUCCUGGACCAAAAGGUUCACAGGGCAACCCAGGAGUCACUGGUUUCCCAGGAGACAAGGGUGGCGUGGGUUUCCCAGGUAUUCCGGGGCCAGAAGGAAAGACAGGACCCCCAGGACCUCAGGGUGUUAAAGGUGAAGUUGGACCUCCAGGACCACCUGGUCAGAUUGGCCAACCAGGGGCUCCAGGGAAAGGCUUACCUGGACCACAAGGACCCCAGGGACCACGUGGAGAACCAGGACCCCAUGGUAGAGAAGGUAUAAAAGGAGCAAAGGGCUACCCUGGCCCUCCAGGUCUGGAUAUGCCGGGGCCUCAAGGAGACAAAGGAAGCCCUGGCCUCCAAGGAAUCCCAGGGGUCAAAGGAGUGCCAGGUUUACCAGGUGUGCCAGGCAGAGAUGGGUUGAUUGGGUACCAAGGUCCCAAAGGUGAAAUGGGGGUUAUGGGAAUUCCAGGAACACCAGGUUUUCCUGGACCAGCAGGUCAACCUGGAUCACCUGGUCUGAGAGGUGAUCCUGGUCUUACUGGACCAAGAGGAGAGGAGGGAAAAGAAGGAGAGAAAGGUGAGAGGGGAGAUCAAGGUCCUAUGGGACCUCCAGGAAAACUGACUGAUUAUGAUAUGGAGCACAUGAAAGGCGAAAAGGGAGACACUGGUGACCCAGGUCAACCUGGUGUUGCUGGAGUCAAGGGUAUCCCUGGCAUUCAAGGAGACCCCGGAAUGGCCGGUAAAGAUGGUGAACCUGGAUCACCUGGCCAGCCAGGCGAGAAGGGAGACCCUGGUUUUCCUGGAGAUCCUGGUACCAUGGGACCCCCUGGGCCAAAAGGCGGCAUUGGAGACAUGGGCAUACCAGGUCCGAUUGGUCCAAAGGGUUCUAAAGGAGAUAUUGGUACACCGGGUCAUCCUGGGUUCAAAGGGACAGAUGGUGAAAAGGGGGACCCGGGAAUACCUGGUGAACCAGGUAUUGGUGUUCCUGGAUAUCCAGGAGACAAGGGUCAGACAGGUCAGCCAGGAUUUCCAGGGCCCCGUGGAGACAAAGGGGAGAAGGGUCAGGAAGGAAUGCCUGGAAAACCUGGACACCAAGGACCAAAGGGAGACAAAGGAAGCACUGGGUAUCCAGGUCAAGCAGGCAGGCCAGGAGAGAAGGGUAAUCCCGGACUUCCUGGAUCUGCUGGAGAGCCUGGUCGUGAUGGCCGUCCUGGGGAAGGAGGCCUCCAAGGACCUCCUGGUCCUCGGGGAGAGAAGGGUGAACCCGGAAAUGAUGGCAUUCCUGGAUCCACUGGGGAGAGAGGAGACCCAGGUUUACCAGGUCAAGGUUUUCCCGGACCACCUGGAGCUCACGGUGGAAAAGGUGAAAAGGGGGAUCCAGGUCUGCCUGGCAUGCCUGGUCAGUCAGGUAUUCCUGGUAUAAAAGGCGAGAAGGGAUUCCCUGGCCCUCAGGGACCACAGGGAGAGCCAGGAGAACGUGGUCUUCCUGGCCUUUCCCUGGAGGGACCCAAGGGAGAGCAGGGAGAGAGAGGACCAUCUGGAGAAGCGGGAACCCCAGGAGAACCAGGUCCUCAUGGAAUUCCAGGAAGAGAAGGCCAAAAGGGAGAGAAGGGUGAUGCUGGUCGGCCUGGUUUCCAGGGGGAGUCUGGACAAAAGGGUGACUCUGGAAUACCUGGACUUCCUGGUCCGACUGGCCUCCCUGGUAUCGAUGGAGUGAAGGGAGAGCGAGGAGUGCAGGGGGUUCCUGGCUUCCCAGGUGAUAGAGGUUCACCUGGCGACCCUGGAUUCAAAGGAGAACUUGGUGACAGAGGAUUCCCUGGAGAAAAGGGUACUGAAGGCCCCCCUGGUCCCCCUGGCCCUCGAAUAAUGAUCAAAGGAGAUAUUGGAUUCCCAGGUGAUCAGGGUUUACCUGGUCCUCAGGGACCACCAGGGCUUCCUGGACAGAAGGGACAGCAAGGUGUGACGGGUAUCCAGGGCCUGAAAGGAGAAACAGGUAUUAAUGGAUUUGAUGGUCAGCCAGGAGCUAAAGGAGAACCUGGUAUGCCAGGACCACAAGGACCCAGAGGAUUUCCAGGUCCCCCAGGACCUGAUGGUGUUCAAGGUCAAGUAGGUCCUCCUGGACCAUCUUCCAUGGAGCAUGGUUUCUUGGUAACACGUCACAGCCAAAGUAUUGAGGUUCCACUGUGUCCUGGGGGUACCAGGUUAAUCUAUGAUGGAUACUCCUUGCUCUAUGUGCAAGGCAAUGAGCGUUCCCAUGGACAAGACUUAGGUACAGCAGGCAGUUGUCUCCGAAAGUUCAGCCCCAUGCCAUUCUUAUUCUGCAACAUCAACAAUGUGUGCAACUUUGCAUCUCGUAAUGAUUACUCCUACUGGCUAACCUCACCGGAGCCGAUGCCAAUGAGCAUGGCACCAAUCACUGGGGACAGCAUUAAACCCUUCAUCAGCAGGUGUGCUGUAUGUGAAGCUCCGGCUAUGGUGAUAGCAGUCCACAGCCAGACAAUCAGGAUCCCACCAUGCCCUGAAGGCUGGAGCUCUCUUUGGAUUGGCUACUCCUUUGUCAUGCACACCAGUGCGGGUGCGGAGGGUUCAGGUCAGGCUUUGGCCUCUCCUGGUUCCUGUCUGGAGGAGUUCCGCAGUGCUCCAUUUAUUGAAUGUCAUGGUCGAGGAACCUGCAACUACUAUGCCAACUCCUACAGCUUCUGGCUCGCUACCAUUGAGACAGAGGAUAUGUUUAGGAAACCUGAGCCAACGACACUCAAAGCAGGCAGCCUCCGGACACACAUAAGCCGCUGUCAAGUCUGCAUGAAGAGGACAUUCACUUAACACCAAAGGCUUUUCUCCAUUUUAAGACAUAAACAGAAAAAAGAACAUGCAUCAACAUCAUCAACUUAGCUAAACUCCCUGUUCUAAUGGUGCUAUUUUCCUGUGUGUUCAUGUGCAAAAUGAGAGAGGAUCAAGAGGUGUGGGUCGCAAAAAAAUCAGCGACUGGACUUUGCAAAGAAAUCAUAGACCAAGGGGCUUUUUUAAAUGCUUUUUUCCCCCUCCAAGUUGCAGCACACACCGUGUUUCUAAAGAAUGGAGCCCGGUUUACCACUGCACUGAGCUGAAACCCCCUCAAAAGUUUAACUGGUGUUAUCUUCAGAGGGCUGUUUGGUGCUAUUGAAUUUUAAGUGUCUGCAUUUCCUUUUUUUUCCCCCUUUUAAUUUUCUUCCUCUUUCAGUGCUACACAGUUCAAGCAUAUAACCUCACAACCAUAUAACUUUUCACACCUUAUAAUUUUAAAAAUGAUGGGUCUUACCACUGCUUACACACAAUUUUCACUUUCCAAAUCCCCUUUGGAUGCUGCUGACACCAUUGUAAAUACAAAGCAUUCCUGUAUGCCACAGUCAAACAUAUUCUCCUCAGGUUAUUACUGUAUCAGUUUGUGUGUUAUUAAGCCCAUUUUUUUAUUUAUAAAAUUUAUAAAAUGAUGUUUGUUGUUUAUCUGAAAUUCAGCGAAUUCAAGAUUAAUGUUUCAUUGUUUAACAGCCAUAUUAACGUAGAAACAGCACUGAAGUUUCAUUGACAGGUUAAGUGUGUGUGUUUGUGUGUGUGGGUGCUUGUGUGUGUGUGUGUGUACAUACAUUAUGAGAGAGAAUCUGAAUGGAUAGGGAAUCGUGUGGAUUUCAAUGUUUUUGCAUAUACUAUUGUUGCACACCCCUCUUGUUGCUUUAUCUGAAAUAAAUGAUCCGACAAAGAAGACUGAAAAGAAGAGUUCUGCCAGUUCUUAUUUUGUAUUCCCUUUUCAGUUCCUAAGGAAACAAAAGCAUUCUCCCAACUGCAUUUGACCAGCUGCUGUCAAAGUCAAUAACAGUACAUUAUCUUAAAAAAAUACUUCUUAUUAAAUUAAGAUUAUUUAUAUCCGAUCACAUCACACAAUGUGUGAUAUUGAAGAAUGGAAUUGUUACUUUUGAGAAUUUUGACUUGCAGCUAAUAAAACCCACAUAGUGUUUCCUUAUUAUCUGAAUCUUACAUUAGACAAAUGAGCGGUGUUUCUUCCCCAGUACUGUACAGAAUACGUAUGUGCUUUUGGCACUUAGUGGAGAAAUAAAUCAGUGUCACCAUAAAACUUAUCAACUGACCACAGCACAAGGAACUCUUAAUGCCUGCUGGUCGAUGUCUGCUUUAGGUCUGGUAAAAUGAUGCUGACGUUUCUUUAGAUCAGGAGAAGCUUCAUAGAAAGAAUGUAACAUAUUUUGUAACACAGCACAGUGGACUUUUGUGUCUUGUGGCUCUUAAUUCUGCAGCUGCUGACAAGAUCAUGUGAAUAUUAUCGAAUGGGCACAUUUCUUUCUUUCAUUCAACUUUCCAUUAUCAUGUGUAGAUUGAACAGCUAGCUUUUUUUUUAACCCUGUGGCUUAAACGUAGUGGUCUGCAAGACAGCUAUGAGUUCAGCAGCCUUGAAUUAGAAAUCUUACUUAUUAAUUUAUCAUUGCACACCAUCCGAAAUGCAUCUCUUUGUGUCUAUAGUGCCGUUGCAGAGGGGCCUACAUUUGCUGCAAAUGUGUAAAUGAAAAGCGAAUAAAAAAGCACAAAAGCUGCAAAAACAAUGCUUGCAGACACAAAAAUGAAACUAGCAUUAAGACAAACACAAAAAAGCAUGCAAAGAAAUUGCUGCAAAAGAGAGUUGCAAUAAUCACAGAAAGUAGUGAGCAGCAAGGUGCAGAAAGCUGCAAAUACAUAAACAUGGUAAGACAGAUUAAUAAAGCUGCAAAUGACCUCUGCAUUACAGAAGUGCUCCAGAUCAGAAGGGAGAGACGAUCAUCAACUCAUUACUACAAAGUAAUAUAUAUAUCUAUAUAUGUAUAUAGAUAUAAACUAGAUAUAUGGAUAGAUAAAUAAAAAAA